GACCCCACUCCAGUCUGAGGAGACAGGCAGUUUUUCCAAAGGCAGAUUAACUCUCCCACAUCUCUCCUCAAAGCACCACAGACUUGAAAGGGUAGAGGCAGCACCAGAGGGCUAUGAUGAUUCACCACAAUCCACAGUCUUAGAAAUGCAAACGAAUGAUUCAUGCUCUGAGGCACAGAGACGGAACAAUCUCAGUCAUGGCAGCCUUUCAACGUUGUCUUUCCAUAGCAACAAAUAUACAGAAAGAUCUAAUUUGGCUCUCGACGGGGCGCCAGACUCUCCAAAAGCGGAGGUAGUGUUCCCCGAGCCCACUGAUGAAGAAGUGUGUGUAGAGAUGAGUGUGGAUGAGCCAGAGUUGGAGGUGUGUGUGAUGCAGCCUGCAAAGCCUAUGCUGCACCACAGAAUCGCCUCUCAUGUUCAACAAGGGCACUCGCUCACUCGCCGAGGUCAACACAAAGACGCAAGCUUUAACUAUCGCAGUCCCGCUUCUGUGGACGAUAUUAUCAGGGCUUCUCCAAGAACCCCAGAACCAGAACUCUGGAGAGCUGCGGCCCAAGGCUCUAAACUCUGGGACUCUAAGCGGCGAAGUCAGAGCCUCGACUCACGGAGACGUAAAGAGAGCAGGUUCCUGACUCCUGAUGCGUGGGUAGACUCUCUCAGCCAAGAGAACUGCUCUGUUGCAUCUUCCUUACGCCCAGACACUCUGUUCUGGGAACCCCAGAGCUCUCCGACCAGGAAUAUCUCCAAAUCUCCUGCUGCUACCCAAGCUGCCUCCCGGUCACCUCAGGCUGUGGACGCUUUAUCUCUAAGGAGCAGAGUAGAGAGGCCCAUAUCACAUGCUGACGUGCCUCGCCACUACGAGCCAAGAAGAGAGGCGUCCAUCUUUCCCAAUACUGUCAAAUGGCCAAUUGACUACCGGGAGGCCAUGAAAGAGGCAGAAGAUUCCUUGGAGGCCAUGAAGGAAGCUUCCAGAUGCUUACCACAUGGUGAUAAUUACCAAGAGGCACUGGAAGUGGAGGCAGGGGGCUACGAGGGAGUGCCAGAGUCUGGGAGCAGCUACAGCAGUUAUGCCAGCAGCGGCCGAGGCAGCAUGGAGCCCGCCAACGGACGCCUGUCCCUGUGUCACCUUUCCCCAACCCUCCCCUGCUCACCUGACACUGUAGAGGAGAGCCUGGAGCACACAGGGAACAAGCACAGUCACACAAUGGAACAAAGCCAAAGGAGGAAGGCUUCAGUUGAUGAGAAUUAUGAGUGGGAUGCUGCUGAUUUCUGCUCACAGCCUGGAGACCUUGAGGACCUGCUUCCUUCAUUGAAAUUACUGAUGCCUGCUCCGUGCUGUAGCCUUCCCAGAAUGCAGCACUCCACUAAGGCACAGCUCUCUUUGCUCCUGGGGCAUCAAAGCAGCUGCUCUGCUGAACCCGAACCAGACACCGUGCUGUUCUGACAGCGGCAGCCUACGGCUCAUCUCACCUGACGUGUCCUUUCACUUAUCGACUCGCAUCACAAGACGACGAAAAGUGCAUGUGGCAGAAACUGAGCUUUUAUCUGACCAAUCUAAUUCCUUUUUUCAAACAAAAAAAAACUUUUGAGUGGGCCAUUCUGCUUGGUCUCUUUGUUAAACUUCACUUGGAAUAUAAGGAUUUUCAACAAUACAUGUCUCAGUAAAAAAUAUAUUGGGAGACACAGAAUCACCUUUACCCAUCACGCAGCGCUUUAAAAGUGUGUUUUUCUAAGUCUUAAAAGAAAAACACACUUUUAAAGCGCUGCUUUAAAAGCAAAUAUUUUUUGCUCUUGGCAUUUUCUUUUGAGACAGUCUGCCAAUCUGCCGAUAUCAAAGCUUUUCACUGUGCUGAUGGAUUCACCACAUUCUCUGUGUGUGGUUUGAUACGCAUUCAUCAUCCAGGCAUGACUCAGUGGCCACACAAGGGACAAAACGAUCUCAGUCAUCAUCAAGUGACGGGCUUAGGCUGGGGAUGAUUACGUUUUUAAAUGUCAUCAAUCACCUUUGAGUUUAACAAGAACUACUUAUGAAAUGCCAAUAAAUAAGGAAGAUGAAUAGAAUAUGAAAUAUUAUUCUGCGACACUACUGUUUUGCUUCAGUGUAACACCGUUUCUCCCAACAGAGAUCAUUACUGCUUUUUUUGCUUUUAAAAUACUAUGAAUCUAAAACUCCUCAGUGUGGAUGAAAGACUUAGUUUCCUCUCCAGGCUGGCUCCUUGAUCAGGGAAGCAGGACGUCUAAUUAUGUUUGGUAAUUGAAGUGGUUUAAGUAAACUUGUAGGGUUUGUCCUUGUUUAUUUCUUUAUGGACAUAAAAGGAAAUUCUCUUUUUUUCUUUCUUUGGACUUUAAUUUGCCAAGAGUCAAUUUAAUCACUCAGUGAUUCCCAGGAACACCUGCUUUGCACUCACACAGUUGUUAACGUUGACACUUGGGAGCCGACUGUGGUGCGGAUAAGUGGCACCAGUUGAGAUGCCUUGUCUGAGGGCACGUCAACAGCAGGUAGUGAAUGCUUCCCUGUAGGCCUGGGCGACAAUUCAACAUUAUUCUUUAUCGACUUCCAAUGAAAUUGCAUAGUAAUGCUGUCACAUUACAAAAUGUUGUUGUCCAAAUUAAGAGUUAGAAACAAAUUGCUCAGUCACAUAAGUAUUUAUAACUGCAAAGAUUCAGACCCUAAUUCAUUCAUUUCAGUGGAAACCAUAUGUUUAGCAAAUAUUAUGGAAGUGCCCAAAAAAACGUUUUCAAUGCAAAGUAGCUAAAGCCUGGUAAUUUGCAUAUUGGUGACUUAUUUACAUAACUUUUUACAUAUAAGAUUUGUUUUUAUUAAAGUAAAAAAAUAAAAGUCUAGCUGAAAUUAACUGACUAACUAGCUUUAUUAUUAGUUAUUUUUUAUUUUCAACUUGCUGUCAUCUCAUCAAGUUCCCCGGGCAAACAAUGGGGAUCAGUGAUUGGUCGUGAUGAUUCAUGGGGAAAUUCCUGUCAAGGAUGUAUAAAGAGAACUGGAUACAUGAACAGCGCCGUGCUUUGAAGCCAAUUUUCAUAGUGGCCAAACCGUGUAAUGAUGUCAUUGGGCCGAAAAAUACUUUUUUACCUUAUACUUACGUUGUGAAACAAAUGUCUGUAAAUCAGCGGGUAAUCUUUUAAAAAUGUUAUACCCAGCAAUAAAACGUUUUGGCUUCAUGCGCCACUGAGCAACUUUCACUUUCAAUAAACCGAGCUCCGCCUCCAACACUGUAUCCAGUUCUCGGUAUACAUCCCUGAAUCACAUUUGAUGAUUGGUCGACUAAAUGUAACAGUGGAACACAGUUCAUUGCAUCCAACAUUAAUUUGAUAAUGUCAUAUGUUAUAUAUAUCAUGUGUUGUGAUAUAAUAUUAAAUUAGAAAAUUGGACAUAUAAAAACCAUUGAUCUCGCCAAGCCCUACUUCCCAGUGAAGAUUCAGAUUGUUCCUGUUAGUUCUGGGGAUAAAUCGAACGACUCUGCUGCCACAAACCUGCAGCCACUGCCCCUAAACCUGCUGAGAGAAACAUGCUUAUGCCUCAUGCUCUCUUUUCUUCACGAACAAUGGAAGAAAAAGGAAAACUGGGUUUUGCUUGCUUCUCUAGCUUAAGGCCUUCACAUUAGUCAACCAAAUAAUUAACUCAGAGCUCCACAGUGUUCCAGAGCAUUGUGGGGUAUCCAUCCUAUAAUUGAAAUUCUCUCAUAGAGGCUACAUUUACUGCAAAUCAAUGUUUCACUUUUGUAGGACAUUUUAAUUUUCUGGUGUACACAUAUUGUACCUCAAGUCUGUAAAUGAUCAAACCCCUAUGUGCUGCUCUGGGGAUUUGUAGUCAGCACUACUUUUUUGCCCACGUUUUUGAAAUUGAAUCUAAAUAUUGUGCUUCCAAUACUUCAAACAAAGAAAAGUAUGUGAACUUUUUUUUUUUACCCAUUUUCGACUAAAAUAUGAAUAGUUGAAUUAUAUGGGGAUCUACUAGAUGCUGUGUGUUGAGUGAUCUGAAGGAUUCAAUCAUGAGUGUUCCAGAAGAAAAUGUACACAACACAGCCCUGGCACAUUGCUGUAUACUAUAAUGUGAAUAAACCAUACUGCACAAUACAACAGCACUAAAACAUCACGAAAGCAAACGUGUUCACAAAGAGACGUGGACAACAGCGAGGGCUCAUGAACCUGAUUGUUAUACUGCUACUGUUUCAGUUAUUAUGUGUACUUUAAAGCAAGCAUUCUUUUAUCAUGGAUAUUAAUAAGCAGCAAAUAAAUGAUUUGUAAAUGACAGGAAGUGAUUCUUGAAGCUAGAAACCAUUCAAAAAUAAAUGUCUUAUACAAAUUGAAAAGUCAAAAUUUAUGUUGUUCAUGUUACCUUAUAUACAUGUGAGUUACUGUUAAAGUCAACGUGCUGUCAGACUUUCCCAGACUGGAUUAUAUUUGUUGAAAUCAACAAUGUGAUUAAAGCAUUAUUUGAAAUACAUUAAUAUGGCAAAUUUUUGCUUUUAGAAAAAUAAAAUAAAUA